GACUUUGUGCUAUCACUUGUCUAUUCAGUAGUAAUUUGAAUAAUUUUAUUUUGUUUGUAUUUUCUGUGUUUCGUUAUUCGUUGUAAACUGCCUACCUGCUAUUCAUCUGAUAUUAUUUGUUAUAAUUAAUUAAAAACAAUUACUUUUUUUUAUCUUUAUUUGUGUAUUUACUUUAGCAUAUAGGUUUGUAAUAAUGAUGAACAACGAAGAAAUCGUCGCUCUUCCAGAUCAUUUGGUGGACCAUGACUACUUUUUGCCAGUUGUGUAUGAAGAUGAUCAUAUAUUGCAUGAAGAAGAAGAGGAACUAGAAGAUGAAGAAGAUGAAGAGAUUGUCGUUGUAGGAGUGUCUGAAACUUAUUCUAUAAUUCCUGGAGUUCAAAGCCGAUCAAGGAUUUAUGUGGACAAUUUAGGAUUUAAGUACUACAAACGUGAAGCUCGAGGAGGCCGCGUGUAUUUAGUAUGCGAACGGCAGAAGAAGCGGAACCAGUACUGUCAUUCCACUGCAACUGUAAGUACAGAUUUGAGGGAUAAUAGGAUUCAUCUACAGAACUACCACGAUCACCAACCUGCAGAGAUUGACCUGAAUGUGCCGUUUUUGAGAGAAGCCAUUGGUGAAAGAGGAAUUGAUCCAGCAGUUACAACUUCAUUUAUGAGAACAUUGUAUAAUAAUGAAAUUAUCAACCACCCAGAAGCAGCUCCCAACUACACAUUCCUUCAAGCUCAAGAACGAGUGAAAAAGAUGAGACGUAGAAGAUUCCCACUACAACCACUUGACAUAGGACAACUUGCUGUUGCGCUGAAUGAAGAACGUAAUGCCAUUUAUGCUUCUACAGUUCAAAAUCCCCCAUCUAGGUUCUUUCAACAAGCAUUAGUGGUCAAUGGAAGGAGUGUUGGACUGAUCUUUGCAAAUAUUGCUGCAAUUGAAAAAUACCGAGAAAAAAUCGUAAUGUAA